CUAAUUUCUAAAUCAUUCUUUUUAAUUUAUAAAAUAAAAAAAUGUCGUCGGAGUUGGAUAAUUCGGUUGAUAUCGGGCAAGAGCAAGUUUGUUACGUGCAAUGUGGCUUCUGCAGUACCGUCUUACUUGUUAGUGUUCCAUGCAGCAGCUUAACAAUGGUGGUUACAGUUAGAUGUGGGCACUGCACCAGCAUCCUCUCAGUCAACAUGGUCAAAGCUUGUUUUGUGCCACUUCAUCUCUUUACUCCAAUCAAUAAUCAGCAACAAGAAUUAAUGGUACAGCCAAAGUGGGAAGUUUGUUCUGAAGAAGUUGCUGCUAAUGACAAGAAAUUAGCUGCAAAUAAUAAUAACACAUGUUCCCCUUCACUAUGUUUCUCAUCAGACGAAGACGACGACGAAGAUUCUAUAAAUCAUAUUAACGGAGUUAUCCAUAAACCCCCGGAGAAGAAACAACGAGCUCCUUCUGCGUACAAUCACUUCAUCAAGGAAGAAAUUAAGAGGUUGAAGAUUGAGUAUCCCAACAUGACUCACAAGCAAGCUUUCGGCGCUGCUGCUAAAAACUGGGCACAUUGCCCUCAAAGUGUAAAUAAAGGUGGUGAAGUACUCCAUAGCUGCAACGAACGAGACAACGACAAGAUGGCUAUUAAUUACUCGGACGAUGUCGAUAAUGAGGUGCACUGCUUUGGCAAAUGGUUUCCAUGAAAGAAAAGCGCUGAUGCAAUCUAAUUGCACCAAAACACGUUUUUACUGAACAAGGUCAAUUUCUCAAGUCUAUUAUUGUAGAACAUAUAUCAAUUAGUUUAAUUAAUUAAUUA